ACCCAGCGAUAAACACAAGCAGUUAGCCAGCCACAAGCUAAGAGAAACAGCAAAUAAUUCAGUAGAGAAGAUAGCAGAAACCCAAAGCCAAAAAUGGCUUCACCGUCCUUCUGCCUCUUCGCUGCUCUUCUUGCUUUGGUCUCAUGGCAGGCCAUCGCUUCUGACCCUAGCCCUCUGCAGGACUUCUGCGUUGCCGAUAAGCACUCGCCUGUGCUUGUCAAUGGAUUUGCUUGCUUGGACCCAAAGUAUGUGACAGCAGACCACUUCUUCAAGGCAGCCAUGCUUGACACUCCUAGGAAGACAAACAAGGUUGGAUCCAACGUCACAUUGAUCAACGUCAUGCAGAUCCCUGGACUCAAUACGCUCGGCAUCUCAAUUGCUCGCAUUGACUAUGCGCCUUUGGGUCAGAACCCACCGCAUACGCACCCUCGUGCCACUGAGAUCCUCACAGUGCUUGAGGGAACACUUCACGUCGGCUUCGUCACAUCUAACCCAAACAACACACUAUUCUCCAAGGUACUUAACAAGGGUGAUGUCUUUGUGUUCCCCGUGGGACUCAUCCACUUUCAAUUCAACCCUAACCCCCACCAACCCGCAGUUGCAAUUGCUGCUCUUAGCAGUCAAAACCCUGGUGUCAUCACUAUUGCAAAUGCAGUUUUUGGAUCGAAGCCACCAAUCUCAGAUGAAGUUUUGGCAAAGGCAUUCCAAGUUGGAAAGGGAACCAUAGAUUGGCUCCAGGCUCAGUUCUGGGAGAACAACCACUACUAAUUAUCCUAAAAAAUUAUCGGCUUACGGACUAUGUUUUUAUUUUAUAUACAACAUAAAUAAGUGGUAUGGAGUUUGUACUUGUUAUGCAUACUUGCAAGCUGUGAGUUUUUUUUUCUAAUGUACUAAUACCAAUAUACAUGUAUGGUUUUCCCAUUUAAUAAAUGGAAUACAGUAUGGUGUUCGUUAGAAAAA